GAAGAACUGAAGCACCCACAAGCUCAAACAAAAUACACGUAAAUAAAUUAAUUUAAUUGAAUAAUUAUGAUUCAAAAGUCAUCAACACGCACCAUUUCUUUGACGCACACACACACACACAAAAAAAAACUCUAACUAAAGCUAGUUCUUGGGCCUACUGCUUGCGGGAAAUCUGAAGGCAAUCUGGGAAUGCUAUCGAUGUCAUCAAUGGUCAUGUGUGUGGUGUGUUUUUGUGUCAAAGGUUAGAUUAGGUUACCCACAGUGACCCCCGUAGGCUACGCCAAACUACACACUACGUUUAGUCGAUAGUCGAUAGUCGAUAGUAGCUCUGCUGGAUCUGCAACUUGCGUACGAGUGUCUCGAGCUGGCAGGCAACCAAUUAGUAGUACGACAAACCUAGUGAAGUCUUUUCCAUCAAAAUGGAAGAUUAUAUAGAAGUGAGACAAAUAUCCAGUUGUGCUAUCAAAUCAAGGAUUGUGUUCAGUACCAUCGGCGUCUUCGUCGGUUUGUCUAUCUGUGCUGUGUUCGGUGCACACUACCACAAUUACAACGUAGCUUUAUGGGGGUUGACCUCGGGUAUUGCAGCUGCAGUUGCUCUCGGAGUCACCAUCGCGUACAUCAAACAUAUGUGGGACUCGAACCCGCGACGUCUGAAGGGGUUUAUGCUGGCAGGAUGUUUCAUACAGCUCGCUGGUGUCUGUGGGUUCGUGACAUACCUCGUUCUGGCGAUCACAAACAAUCAAGACCUGAUUGUGUACGGGCCGGGCUACUACCUGACGUGCGUCUGGUGCUUCAUGACCUGGAAGUGGGGCUUCUGGCUGCUGAUCUACUCCAGGUCGUUCCUCCGCUCCUACGGAGACGCGGACCGAAUGAUCCAGGGGGAGGACGUCGUUGCUCCAGGAGCGCUGUAGGGAGAAAAGACAAACGUGAAAGACAAAGUGAGAGUUGUUGGCAGUGACAUUUUUUUCUUACAUGUGUUUGAUUCACGGCUGUUGGAUGUGCUCUGCAGGGGUGCAGAAAGCCUACCUACAGGUAUUCAAAUUGCCAGAACAGAUUCUCUCUUUAUCGCUCGUUAACUGCGCCUGGGCCAAGUGGGGUUUUUUCCCUUACUCUUCCGGCCGUCAUAGAUUACACGGCUGUUUUGACGACCAACUACUGUAAAACUCUGACUGUUUGAUGACCAACUACUGUAAAACUCUUGACUGAUGACCAACUACUGUAAAACUCUGACAAUGUGCUCUUCACGAUUCAUGGGACUACAGGAUGUCUGUGUGUUAUUUCAUGUUUACGAAAAUCUAGAGAUUGAAGAGUGAAAAAUUUUUUUAGAAUUUGAAAUCAUUCUGGUGUAUUGUAACAGAAAUUUCAUAUCAAUAUGAAACAACUUUGUUUUAAAAAGUCCAUUUUAGUACGGGGAAGAGUGAACUUCAUCAGGUUUUUAUUAUUUUGUGUCUUGUGGGUUUUUUGCAGUCAGCUGUCAGCAGUAUAGAAUACAUUGCACUUCUGGUUCUGUCGUUGUUUAGUAAAAUUACUCAAAUUAUGUCAGUUGUCAGCUGUGUUUAUGUGACUGCAGGAUUUUUGAGUUUCUACACAUUUUUUUGCGUCAAAGAGUAGCUGCAGUUGCUUGCAUGCUGCGCUGGUUGUGAAAAGUCCAGUCGCCUGUACCUCCUGGAUAGAUCGGAUGAGUGGAUGGAUUUGUUGAAUUGUUGGAUUAAUUUGAUGAGUGGAUUUGUUGAACUGUUUGAUUAAUUAGAUUUUUUGUAUUUGUUUUUAGACCUGUGGUGUCUGAUACUUUUGAGCAUCUCCUGCUUAGUCUAAUGUGCCUACAACUACAACAUAUAGUUGUAAAUUAAUUGCAGUUUCUAGCCAUAGACGUGCUGUAGUACGUAACACUGUGGGUCGUUGGGGGUGCUCUGGAGUGAUUUUCUCUUUUCUGAUCAAACAUCUAUCGUCCUUACAUUUGUUCUCCUUCUAUUUUGUGUUUGUUUCUCUCUUGUAACACCUCCACUCCCGGCUCUUAAAUGACCGAGUUGUGUUGCAAGUGUCGUAAGACUCUUACUAAGACUGACACUUUCACUUCCCACUAGGUUGUGUUCGUCCGCAGGUUGAUUUUUGAUAGCAUGUAAAUGUAUUUCUCCUCAAAGCAUGAUCACAUUAUAAAUGAAAAGUAUACACUGUUUUUUGAGUCUGUAACACCCAGUUGCGUCUCUACCUCAAGUAUACGAGUCAGAGAUCUCUAAUUAUUGUAUACAGAGUUUUAUUAUCACGCGACAUAAAUUUGUGAUGUUCACAAAUUUGGUAAGAAGUUUGCAAUACAAGUCAUUGGCGAAUAAAUGUUUAAAAGGGCGUAUCUGCAUAGGGAGACAUGACAUUAAAAUUGCGAAUUUAAAACUUUCGCGAAAAAUAAAAUUGACACAAUAAUUAAAAAAUUAUUUAAAAUUCACUAAAUGUCAUCUGAUGUAUCAAGGGAUUCCGAACAACAUUUUUUUGACUCGUUUGACUCAUCAAAUUUUUCUCCACUUUUUUUUUUUUCGAAAAUGAGUUUGCAAAAUAACAUACACCCCCAAAAGUGUUUCCAAAUUUGUAUGAUUUUAUGCAUUGUACAUGCAAUGUAAGAAACAUGUAGCCUACCUUGUAUGUUUCCUAUAAUGGUACUGUGUAAUAAGCAUGAACAGUCUAAAUGUUAUAUUUGCCUUUUUUGGGUAGCCAUAUGUGGCCUGCAUUUUAUAGUAGGCCAACAGUCGAGCACGAAUAGUUAAAACUUGCUGAGGAUCAACAAAUGUGUUCUCUGAACCGAUGUCGAAAAAUUAAAGAGAUGUGUAUAUAGAUCUAUAUCAGUCUGGGAAUGGCAAACUUUAUGAGCUAUCAGUGAUUUAGGUUUUGUGUGUUCAUGUUAUCUGUGCUUAAGUGUACGUUCUAAGAAUACGUCUCACAUAUAUUAUGACAGAGGUGGAGUUUCCAUCCUUCAUUUUGUUCCAGUGUCCACCUGAGUGACUCAAACAAUAAUAAUUGAAUCUGUAAACAAAAUGUCACUCGCAUGCGGAUAAAAUUUUGCUAAUUGCUCAAACAAACUAAGGGUUGCAUUAUUUGGGAGUGGAAACUUUGCCUGUUGAAUUAAAAGGAAUUUAUAGAUUCUCUCUCUCUUCCCCCCCCUCCCCAUUUCCAAACUCAACCUUGCAAAAAGAAUAUACAAUGUUUAAACCACAAAAAGAAAGAAAGAAGGUAUUUACAACCUUUUAUUUUAUAUGGAAACUUUGUUAAACAACACGAAACAUAUUUAAGAUACUUUUGAUAUGAAAUAUGUAUUUCAUUUAUUAUUCAUUUUUUUUCCUUUGUCUCUUGUAACUGUAAAAUAUGUAGGCCUAUGCUUUAUACGAUGUGUGGGAAUGGCCUUAAGAACUGAAUAAGAUACCGACCUAUAUAUUAUAUUGAUACAGAAAGCGAGAUAAAAGAAA